AUGGCUGCAGAGAGAAAUCAAAAACUCCGGUCGGCGAACCGAGCCCAGCUAACGAAGCUGUUUCAACGAGCAUCAAGUUUGAUGUCUGAUGAGCCGUCCGUAGAAAAUGUGGAAACAUUGGACUUAACGUACGAACUAAUCGAGGAAAAGAUGGACUAUCUAAAAACAUUAGACGAAAGAAUUCUGUCCAAACUUUCAGAUGAAAAGAUGGAAGACGGCGUUGCCGAAGCAGACGAAUUUAUGUUUUCAGCUAAAGAGAAGCUCCGUUGCAUUCGAAAACAUAAAGAAAAUAUACAGUCAGAAGAACGCCGAAGCGAGCCUUCGAUUUCUAACGCUCCCACUCCAAGUCAUGACCCUCCGCGGAGCAACAUGAAACGAAAUUACAGGCUCCCCAAACUCAUCCUAUCCAGGUUUGAUGGAAAUCUCCUUCAAUGGCCCGCUUUCAACGACGACUUCGUCAGUGCUAUAGAUGAAAACGAGACGCUGUCAACUAUCGAGAAAUUCCAGUUUUUACGGGCGCAGUUGGACGGCGAACCGUUUUCUACAAUCGCGGGAUUACAGCUUACGGCUAAUAAUUACGAAAAUGCGAAGGAACUUCUUCGAGAAAGGUAUGGACAAACUCACAAAAUCAUUAAUGCAUUCAUGAGAGCUCUUUGGGAGCUUCCACGCCCCGAUGAAGAUAUAAAAUCAUUGAGAUUUUUCUACGAUAGGAUCGAGACUUUCAUUAGAGGACUCAGCUCUUUAGGAAAAGAAGAACAAAGUUAUGGAGAACUCUUGAUUCCUAUGAUUCUAGAUAAAUUGCCUGCCAACACGCGCAGACAAAUCGCAAGAGCGCAUGGAAACAAUGAAUGGUCAAUCGCCAAUCUGCGCACUACACUUAAGUCUGAGAUCGACGCCCUACAAGCUGGAGAAAUAGACGGGUUCAACCAAGAGAAAUCGUACCGACCCACUGCUGCGUUUUUCACCAAUAGUAACACGAAGAAAACGACGAACAAGCCGAAAAGAAAAUUGAAAUGCGCUUUCUGCAAAAAUGAACAUAGCUCUAUCACGUGCCCAGUUGUGUCGGAACAGGAAAAACGCUUUGAAAUAGCAAAAAGAGACAAUUUAUGCUUUAACUGUCUUACGCCCAACCAUACAAGCCGAAAAUGCCUGUCUAAAUUUCGCUGCAGAAGUUGCAAUGGAAAACACCACACCGCCCUUCAUGCUAAGCAAAACAGUGAACCAAGCGCCCCUCAGAAAGCGCGGGAACCGCCUGCUGUGGAACAUGCGGCGAGCACCUUCACUCAAGGGGCAAAAAAUCAAAGGAAUGUUGUCUUGUUAAAAACGGCUAUCGUGGAGGUCUCCAACAAACAAACACCCUUCCAAUUAUCGGCAACUAGUGGGGUCUUGUUCGACGAAGGAGCGACCAGAUCAUUCAUUACAGAAGAGCUUGUUCAUAAACUUCAGCUCCAGCCAACUCAUUCUGAGGAGAUCAAUUUGUCUGUAUUUGGAAUGGACUGUAAACAACCUCAGACUUUUGACAUCAUCACAAUCUCCUUGAAAACAACAUCAAAAGAAUUUGUUGAUAUUAACGCAGUCGUCGUUCCUGAAAUUUCCGCUCCACUCCAUAAUUUAGUGACACGUAGGACAGGCAAUUUGUCCCACUUAAGGAACUUGAGACUGGCUCACACACCAUCUGAUGACAGAUCGCCUUUUUCGUCUCUGUGCUAA